AGUAUUUCCGGGUCAUUUCCUAACCUGGACAUAUAAUAAACCGCAGCACCCGUGCUCUGACCUGGACUUGGGCCCCUUGUUUAUGUCGACUGCGGUGCUUUUUGCCGCUGUCGUCGGCGGCGGGGUUCUGCUCCUUCUGCGCCGCUUGUUCCCGCGGCAGAAGUCCGCGAUGCUGCGCUUCCCGGCGGACACCAUGAGCGGCAAGACGGUCAUCGUGACGGGGGCCAACAGCGGCAUCGGGAAGGCGCUGGCCGCCGAGCUGCUGAAGCUGCGCGCGCGCGUCAUCAUGGCCUGUCGGGACCUGCGGAGCGCCGAGCAAGCGGCCCAGGACAUCCGGACGGAAGCGGGACCGGAGCGGGGGGAGGUGGUCAUCAGGCACCUGGACCUGGCUUCUCUUGGAUCGGUCCGGCGCUUUUGUGAACAAAUUAAUAAGGAGGAGUCCAAGAUCGACGUGCUCGUCAACAACGCUGGCGUCUACCAGUGCCCCUACGCCAAGACGGAGGACGGCUUCGAGAUGCAGCUGGGCGUCAACCACCUGGGCCACUUCCUGCUCACUCACCUCCUGCUGGACCUGCUGAGGCGCUCGGCCCCGAGCCGCGUCGUCGUGGUCUCCUCCAAGCUCUACAAGUACGGCGACGUCAACUUCGACGACCUGAACAGCGAGCGGCGCUACGACAAGGCCUUCUGCUACAGCCAGAGCAAGCUGGCCAACCUGCUGUUCGCCCGCGAGCUGGCCCGGCGGCUGGAGGGCACCGGGGUCACGGUCAACGCCCUCACCCCCGGCAUCGUGAGGACCCGGCUGGGGCGGCACGUCCAGGUCCCGCUCCUGGCGCAGCCGCUGCUCCGCCUCGCCUCGCUGGCCUUCUUCAAGAGUCCGCUGGAGGGGGCCCAGACGCCGCUUUACCUGGCCUGCUCCCAGGAGGUGCAGGGGGUGUCGGGCAAGUGUUUCGCUAACUGCAAGGAGGAGGAGCUGAUGGCCAAGGCCACAGACGAGCAGGCGGCCAAGAGGCUGUGGGACACCAGCAGGAGCAUGGUUGGACUCCACGACUGAGCCGAGCCUUCCAGGGGAUUUAUGCGCUGGACAAGAUGAUUAGUCUCCAGCAGCUCUGGAGAGUUUGCUUUGUGAACGACGGCUUAUAAAACGAGGAGUUGCCGCUGUGGGAAUAAAAUUCAGUGUAAGGUG